UCCUGGACCUUCCCUACUUAUGCUCCUCUGUUACGGGCAGAUCUUGCCUCGGCUCAGGAUCAAGAGUGCUUAUAGCUUAGGUGUGACUGGGAUCCCAAGAAGCAUGGGACCAGACAAGGGGACUGGGUAGAGACAGGACCUUCCCAGCACAUGAUGCCCAUAUCCUUCCCUGCAGAUGACUUCUACAAUGAGACUGAGGCCAAGAUGUUCCUGCAGUUGUGUGACCAAACAGCCAAAGUUGUGUUGAACCAGUUCAUGGAGGCCACUUAGAACUAUGUCACCAACAUCAACCAGAAAAAUCAGGAGGAGAUGCUGCACAAGGACAUGGAGAGGUCCCAGUUCAUGAUUUAUUUUGGCACCUGGGCCCGCCUGUUUAAGGUCACCCAGUUCCAGGACCCAGACGUGAAGUGCAUGCUGAGUAAGCUACAGAACAUAGAAAAGGCAGCUCUGCCCAAGGAUGAACUGCAGGAGAAUGGUGAGCUUCUGGCCUACAUGGAGACAACGUACAGUAUGGCCCAGGUGUGCCUGAACGAGGGGCCCUGCCUGUCCCUGGAGCCUGAACUCGAAGAAGUCAUGGCCACCUCCAGGGAUGAGAAGGGGCUGCUGUGGGCCUGGCAGGGCUGGCGGGAUGCCGUGGGCCGCCAGAUCCGCACCACCUUUGAACACUACGUGCAGCUCAGUGGUUACAAAGACAUGGGGGCCCUGUGGCGCUCCAAGUAUGAGUCGGACACCCUGGAGCAAGACCUGGAGCAGCUCUUCCAGGAGCUGUGGCCGCUCUACCUGAACCUGCAUGCCUACGUGCGCCGGGCCCUGCACCGCCACUACCAGCCCAAGCUCAUCCCCCUAAGGGGGCCCAUCCCUGCCCACCUCCUGGGGAACAUGUGGGCUCAGUCCUGGGACAACAUCUUAGACUUGGUCCUGCCCUUUCCGAAGAAGACCCCCAAGGAUGUCACAAAGAUCAUGAAAGGCCAGCACUGGAAGCCAAAGACAAUGUUUGGAGAGGCUGAGAAAUUCUUCACCUCCUUGGGGCUGCUGCCUGCCCCACCCAGUUUCUGGAAAAAGUCAAUGCUGACGAGGCCAACCGAUGGGCGAGAGGUGGAGUGUCACGCCUCCGCCUGGAACUUCUGCCACGACAAUGACUUCAGGAUAAAGCGGUGCAUGGAAGUGACCAUAGAAGACCUGCUCUCCACAUUCCACGAGAUGGGUCACAUCCAGUACUUCCUGCAGUACAAGAACCUCUCCAUCAUCUUCUGUGCAGGCGCCAACCCAGCUUUUGAAGAGGCUGUAGGGUCUGUGAUCACCCUCUCGGCCUCCUAAAACUAUCUGCUCAACCAAGACCUGCUCAGCCUCGAGCACCAGGAUUCAGAGGAUGAGAUCAAUUUCCUGAUGAGAAUUUCCCUGGAGAAGAUUGCCUUCAUCUCCUUCAGCUACCUGAUGGACCUGUUUCGCUGGAAGGUCUUUGAUGGCACCAUCUGGAAGGACGUCUACAACCAGGAGUGGUGGAACCUCAGGCUGAAAUGCCAGGGCUUGUGCCCCCCUGUUCCUCUCUCAGAGGAAGACUUUGAUCCAAGUGCCAAGUUCCACAUUUCUGCCAGUGUGCCCUACAUACGUUACUUCCUCUAUCUAGCGAGGUUACUUCCAGGGUCUAGCCUCUGGUCCCUUACAUGCUUCUUCCACGAAGCGCUGUGCAAAGCCUCGGGCCACAUGGGUCCACCGCACCAGUGUGACAUCUACAACUCCAAGAUUGCCAGGAAGCUCCUGGGAUGAGUGGAUAAUCUAAAGCUGGGCUCAAGCAAGCCCUGGCCAGAGGUCCUAGAGAUGCUGACUGGGGAGUCCAAGGUGUCUACAAAGGCCUUCAUAACCUAUUUCAAACCCCUACUGAACUGGCUGGUGACUGAGAAUGUACAGCAAGGGGACAUCCUAGGCUGGCCAGACUUCAGCUGUUCCUUUGAAGAUUUCAUCACAGAAAAAGUGACAUUUUUGAGUCUGAAGCUGGACACCAACAAGGCUAAUUUGGACUGGGUGCUGGUCCUGAGCUUUGUCAUGUCCCUGGUGGUGCUGUGGCUGGCCUACAGGCUGCAUUUCCUGGAAAAACAGUCACUGGUCCAAGACACUGAGAUCUUCAGCCCACUGCCCAACGCCUACUUCCUGGGCAUAGCCAUGGAGCCCUGCCAGGCUGCUAAAAGACAGUGGAUGCUGCUGGGCCUCUGCCUUGUUCUGAUGCUGUGCUCAAUCAGCCUGGCCAUCUGGAUUUUACAGCACAGCAGGCAGCCUCCAUGGAUAAGAGCUGAAUGGUGGAGCUGGGACUAG